GCGACUGCCGAGCUGCCUGUACACUACCUAUCAUCACCAGAUGUAUUUUGAAAAGAAAACAUCGCCCCCGGGAAUAUGCGGUAAUUGAAGGGUGGGACAAGACCUGGGACAAGACCUUGGACAGGUGGGGGUUGAUGUUGGGAAUUGCCGCGCUGAGCUUGAUGAAAUGUUAAGAGCUGGGCUAAGAUAAUUGCACCGUGACAUGCCAAGCAUCCGGGCUUGAUGCCUCACUCCCGGUUCUUGGGAGUGGUGGGUGCUGCAUGCAGUGCUCCAUUCUCUGGGUCCUUGGCUAUACCGUGAGCAGUAUAGUGCAUCCACUAGAGACCCUUGUUCGUGUGCAUCGCCAGCUGCCACACCUCGCCGUCGACUCCAUCAAAAAAAAGAGUUGCGAAAUCAACCUCACUUUUUCUUGAAAGGGAAGAAGACACGGAGACAAUGACGCGCUGUCUCGGGACGCCCAAGCCCAUCACCUCCAUGUCAGACCUUUAACCCCCCCGCGGGGUACCGCGAAGAUCCGAAAAAGAAAGGGACUUACUUGAACCACUUGGUCCACGAGAUGUGCAUCAUUGAGCAACGAACGAGUCGUCAUCUCUCCCGGAGCCUCUCUCGCUAAUGACGAUGGAGAGCACGGCAGACGAAGACAAUGCCUCAUCCGCUCGCCGGCCAACUGUUGAAGUCGCCCCGUCCGUCCCUUCCGCCUUCCCGCCCGCCGCCUCAUCAGGCGCGGUGGAUUCCAUACUUUUCUUAUACGAGGCUGGACUCCAUAGCGGGCAUCACUCUCAUUCCCCUCUCAUCCCCCUCCUACAACUGCCGUCCCGCUGCGGUAAGCACAUAACCAAGACGCCAAAAACUGCGGUACCUGCUGCGAGUUGUUGGCCGGUGAUGGCCACAGUGGAAGGAUGGCUCACAUUGCAUCUAGAGUGCAGCCGGGCUCAGCAGCCUGUGUUCCGGACUUACUGACUUGAGCCAGACCUUGGACUCUUCUGCUGGUGUCUGGCCGUCUUUCAUGUCUCAUCGGUCUUGUCGUCUCCACAUUCUGCCACUUGGAUGAUGGGUGUGGUGGGAACGAAGGCGGGCGAGCAAGGAGGUCGCCUUGCGCCCAGCUAUCAACCCCAAGGAGACAUCCACUCCCCCUUGUCCCCUGUUCCAAAGAACUCCCCAAUCCUCGGUAACGAAAUCCCCCGGCUGAUUCUCUCCCUAUGUAUCCGUGCUUCAUCUGGAUCCCAGGACACGAUCCACCUCACGUUCGUGUGGUGGGGGUCGAGGGAUGGUCUGUUUCUUGGGGGGGUAGGAGGUACUUUUGGCCUUGUACCUUUUUCUUCUUUUUCUUCUUUAUUGCUGCGGAGCUGCCCCGUGCCCAAACACCCACCCAGCCUGCCAAGUGCAGUAUGGUUUAUUGAGCAUGGUACAAGCCUCUAUUUGAACAAGAUCUCCGAACGGCCAUGGCAGCCCAGUCGAUUGGCUCAGUCAGAUCGUACCCCAGCUACUUACUCUCCUCCUCCUUGGGUCCUGGUGUUGAUAUAUGUCUCCCCCUCUCCCCACGCCCGAUCAUCAUCCAGUCUGCUUGGACAUACAUACCUACAUCCAUACAUAUUAUCUCUCCAUCUGUGUAUACUCAUCAUCACUUGCUUGUCAACGGACCUUGUGCCCAACGACAACAAGAGUCCUUUCUUUAUUAAUCAUCACGGCGGACAUUUGCUUUGCAGAGCUAUCAUCCCUCCCACACACACUCUCGCUCAUACACCACCGUUGUAUUUCCGGCUGACGGAAAUCUCGCACCACAUUGACAGUCAGUUCACAUAACGCCAAGGACGAAGAAAGAUCAUAAUAUCAACUGGGCAAAAGAUGGCUCUCUCGGAACACCUCCCGGCUCCUGCCAGCUGGUCUCGGUGGCCUCAGCAUCAUUCCACAAGCGGAGACUACGCCAUGAUGGAGCACAACGUGAUGCCGUACGAGUCUCGUCAGGCAACGGCCGCUCCCCCUCAACGACCCCCUUUGGCCUCCCAGUACUUUAGCAGCACCCCCUUCAGUCUCGCCCCCAUCACGAACGGCGUGCCAGCGCCUCAAUACCAACCACCCGUCACCUACAGCGGAUAUCACUCAUACACCCCAUCUCCAGUCUUGGGUUCACCUUUCAGAGCCAACACUUACCCGGAACAGCAGACGAGGGUCAUGCCAGUCGAGUCCGGUCUUGCCCGAGGGUCAGUGACGCCCCAUGCCGGCCAUUCACCAGUGCAGGAAAACCAGAGUCCAUCAGUCAAGGCCGAACGUCAACUCUCCAUCCCUGCCGAGGUCACGAUGCCCUGCAGGACGAUCGAGGCGAACUUGACCGUGGCUGGCCAGCAACCCCACGAGUUCCAUACCCCAUUGGAUACUCUAAUGAAGGCGGUCCAGGCCAAGGCCGAGAAGCCAGCUGAGUGCAAGACCGAAACCUCAGGGACAGAGGCUCAAGACAGAGGGCUACCAUCCUCUUCGCAAAGCCAGGCGUCCACACGAACGAGAAGAAGCGUUGCUGGGAGCGGUGGUCCACUCAAGCGUUACGCCUGCGGUAUCGCUGGGUGCUCCAAGAUGUUUAGCCAGAAAACACACCUCGACACUCAUCGGCGAGCCCAUACGGGAGAGUCACCUUAUCAAUGCACCCUGUGUGGCAAAGACUUCACUCAGCCAGGAAACCUCAAGGCCCACUGGCGCCGGCACAUGGGAGAGAAGCCUUUCUCUUGCACUCUGUGUGAUAAGCGCUUCCCCCAGCGCGGAAACCUUCAGGCUCAUAUGAAGAGCCACGACAAGACGAGGCCCUUCAUCUGCCUGCUCGAUAACUGCAACAAAGCCUUCUCUGUUCGGGGAAAUCUCAAGUCUCACCAAAACAAGUUCCACGAGGACACCAUCAAAAGACUAACAACCCGUUUCGCUACCAUCACCGACUGGAGCACCGCCUCCUACGAGGACAAGGAGCUGUUCGAGUACCUAUCCAACCUCUACAAAAACAGCAACAAGGGAAUAAAGGGCCGAGGAAAAAGGCGGAACGUUGCUGUCGUCGUUUCCCAGCAUCACCAAGGCCACCUCAGCACACCCGGCAGCCCGACGAACUCGACCCGUCAUCACCACCCCCAUCAGUCACCGAUGCAUCUCCACCACACUGGUCUCCCGCAACUCCAGCUUUGCAUGCCCCAGCCAAGACACGACGGCCUCCCGUACCACGGCGUCAGCAGCCCCGCGGCAUACAACAUGAGCAGCCGACCGGCAAGCCUGAUGGUCAACACGGGGGGGCGAAGACCACACAGCCGAUACGGCAUGUACGACACCGACGAGAGCAGCGUUUCCAGUAGCGGACCUGUCACGCCAAACCCGCACAUGUAUGGGGAUAACCACGGGAAGGAUCUUGCCUUUAAUGACAGGAUGCCAUACUAAGUGUUUUCAUGUUUCCUCUCUGGCCAGGGUUGUCUGAACACACUUUUUGCCUUUUUCAGUUUUCUCUUUCUUUAUUUGCUCACCGAGCAACUUGUUACAUUAUAUCUCCCCUUGUAUUUGUCUUUUUUUCUUUUUUUUUUCCUCUUCACUUUGCAGGGUUGGUCAUUGUCUUUCAAAAACUUGACGUCUUAUUAGGAUUUGCAUUUUGUUCUCAAAAAAGCGUUACUCGGGUGGGCGGUUUGGCAAACCAAGAAGGGAAAGAAUCCUGUUUUGUUUUUGAUGGGGCUUGCAGCGUCGGUGGUACAUGUUGUUUUUCUUUUGAUUUUUACGUAUGUCUGCAUGUUUCGCCUUGUUUUGUUUGUCUAUUUGUUUUUUUUUUUGUUUUCACAUAUAUAAUCCCCCCGAGAUGGGUUGGCGGGAUCACGGUACACAACAAUGGGAGGAACAAGGGGGGAACACACGAACGGUAUGCCAGGCAGGGAACUUGACUAGGUAACCAAGGGGGAGGGGAGGCGUCAUUUGAAAUCAAAGCGGCUUGUUUUUGCAUUGGGAAGGAAGGGUUGCAAAGGGAAAGGGAUGGGAAUGAUGGGAUGGGAUAAGGGGCGGCAGGGUAGAGGUGUAACAAUUUGUGGUUUUGUUUUGUUGGCUUUUGCAUUACAUAUAGUUGCAUUGUUUUUGCAUUGGCCAUUGAGGAGGAUAACCGACCCUAUGCUAGUGGGAGUCUUGGUUGUAAAAUGAGCUGGAAGGAGGUGUGAUGGUGUUGGUGGUGUACGGUGAUGGGUGGAUGGGAAGCUUGAAAAAGUUUGACACCCCCCUUGCCUUGAGAAGAGCGGUAGUCAAAAAACCAGAUAGUUGCUUACCACAGCAUAAACCAACGAUACCAAACUAAACUCGUUGUCUCGAGCAAAUGUGAAACUUAUUGCUGCC